CUGAUUCAGCCGCACGUUUGUUGAUUUGCUCGACGCACACGUUUGACGUCACUGGUUGCCAUGGCAGACCGAGAGCCUGGUCGUCUCCUUGGAAACGGGAAGCGUCAACAGAAAUUAGAAGUGUAGUUUCUUAGUUAUUGUUUACGUACUUUCUCUCUUAUACCUGCUGCAGUUUUAGUGUGGUAGUAAUAGGUAGCAUUUGGAAGGAAGUUCCAAAAAAAAUAAAAGAAAGAAAAAAGAGUAGAUUUAGUUUUCUGAAUGGAGUGUCUUGGAGUAUCAUCUUUCCAGAACCUAAAGGCUCUUUCUGACCUGUUAUCAACUCAGCAGGAGAAGGAGGAGGAUGAAGACUGUGGAAAUGUGACUGCAUGCGCACGGUUGGGUCCAGGACACAUUGGCCCCUCAGCCAAACAGGAUAAAACGGCGUCCACUGUCUACACAAAGAAGAACAGCAAAGAUAUCUGGAGUGAGGAAGAGGUGGCCGAGGGCUCCCAUUACGAUGACCUGACUGACCCACGGCCUCAACCUGAGUAUGAAAUAAUCCUGAAGCAGAGUGUAGGUACCGAGGAUCUGUUCUUGGGCUUAAGCAGAAAGGACCCGUCCUCAAUGUGCUGUGAAGCCAUGCUGGUGAAAAUCAAACUACCAGACACGAAAGCAACAGAUGUGAUCCUGGAUGUCAAAGAAAAGUUCCUUGAUCUACGGACGCCUAAUUACAAACUGGGUCUCCAUCUCCCCCAUCCCGUCCACAGUCAGGAGGGAAAGGCCCAGUUCUUCAGCGAGAGGGAGGAACUGGAGGUGACUCUGCUCAUGAAGCGGCCUAUGGACUUUAUCAACAUGCAGUAAGAAAGAAGAAGAGCUAAAGAGAGGAAGUUAACGCUAAACCUUGUUUUUUUUGGUUGAAAACAAACACAUAUAUAUUUGUAUUGAUGUUACAUGCGUUCAUGUGCUCCAGCAGAUGUUAUUACAGUAUUAAAAUAUGCAUUUCUAAUAA